AUGAUUCGCCGGCGUCGCUAUACUAAGGAAAUAAUAAUUUGCAAGUCACUCCUUCUGAUUUCCAUUACUGCUUCAGUUACUCCAAAUAUCAUGGAAGCAAUCGAGGAAGUGUUCCAGUUUUUUGACACCAAAGGGGACUCGAAAAUUGCUGCAUCUCAGAUUGGCAACUGUCUUCGCUCAUUGGAUCUCGUACCAACGGAAGGACUUAUUGAACGUAUGACACAACAAUGGAAGGACAAACCUGAAGCUCGUGUUUCAAUCGAGGAAUUCCUUCCAAUAUUUGAAAACGUUCGAAAAGAAGCUGGUAGACCACCCAGCGUUGAACAGUUCCAGAAUCUUCUCUCUCAUUUCGAUCGUGAUGGAACCGGUGUGGUGAUGUUACCGGAUCUCCGCUAUAUGCUUCAGAACUCCGUGUGCUGUUUUAUGUGAGCGUCUAUCCGGACAUGAAGUUGAUGCCUUACUACGCGAUCUGGAGAUUGUUGAAGGAAAAGUGCCCAUCAAUGAAUUCAUACACAACAUCAUGUCAUGAGCAGUGGCAUGGCCGGUUACGAAGGAGGAAAAAGCGUCAUCUUUUCCGCCUGCC